AGCUCAGGGAAGCUGCUGUUACUGCUGAGGGAGGGGGAGAGAGAGACCUGGAAAUGAAAGUAAAGAGACCAGGAGGCACAUGGAGGGAGCUGCAGGGGCAGCAGAUCCGGAAGCAGAAUGCUUCCUUCUGUAAUUAAAUAGCAUUUACUAUUAUUAUUACUAACAGUAAUAAUACUCUAAUAAUAUCUCUAGUAAUAUCAUACCAUUUAUCAAGGAAAGUUAUACAUAGUGUGAGUGGGGGAAAACCCAAGCAGAGUUUUCCCUUUUGUGGGUAUAAGCCCCAUGAAACAGCAAAGAAAUGCUUGUGACAUAGCUUUUCAGAUGUGCAUUUCUCAGGGGUUGGAAAGUUCAUCAAAUAAGAAAGACGCUAUAAUGGAGAGACAGAAAAGGAAAGAGGAAAUAGAGAAGGGACUUCAAUUCAUUCAGUCCACAUUACCCCUAAACCAAGAAGAUUAUGAGGCCUUUUUACAGAAGCUGGUGCGGAACCUUUUUGCAGAGGGGAAUGACCUGUUCCGGGAGAAGGACUUCAAGCUGGCACUGGUGCAGUACGUAGAAGGGCUGAACGUGGCGGAUUAUGCGGCCUCGGACGAGGUGACCAUCCCAGUGGAGCUCCUAUGUAAGCUGCACGUCAACCGGGCUGCUUGCUACUUUGCCAUGGGCUUGUACGAGAAGGCACUGGAAGACAGCGAGAAGGCUUUGGUGCUUGAGAAGGAGAACAUCCGUGCCCUCUUCCGCAAAGCGCGCUCCUUAAAUGAGCUGGGGAGGCACAAGGAGGCAUACGAAUGUAACAGCCGCUGCCUGCUGUCCCUUCCACAUGAUGAGAGCGUUACGCAGCUUGGUCAGGAGCUCGCACAGAAGCUGGGUUUAAGGGUUCGGAAAGCAUAUAAGAGGCCUCAGGAAUUGGAAACUUUCUCUCUACUCAGUAAUGGCACAUCAGCCAGCUUAGCAAAUCAGAUGACUUCCAAUGGGUUGGGCUCCAUAGAUGAUAUUGAAACAGACUUCUCCAUGGACCUGCAGUGCAUCCCUGCUCCCGUCGCCACCUCUAUCCCUGUGAGCGAGGGCACAGCCCUUUCAGCCUCUGACAUGGAUGCAAAGGGCCUGCCCACCUCUCUCCCUGCCGCCACGCUGCUCCAUUCUCCGGAUUGCGUAUCCCUGCCUGUGCCCGAGAGUGUGGAGGACUUCACAGAUGGGGAGGUUAUUGGGGAAGAACUGGACUCUCUUCUGGAUUCCUUGGCUGAUGGGUCACAGUACCCUCUAUCUCUGGUCCAGGGAACCAUUCCCACCAACUUGCCUACUGAGAUGCCCCAGCUGAUCCCCGUGUUUCCAGGCGGAACCCCUCUCUUGCCCCCUGUGGUGACAGCCAACAUCCCGAUCAACCAACAUCCUCUGCCACCUGCCUCCUUCGGCCUGGUGAUGGAUCCCACCAAGCAGCUCUCCUCUUCCGUCCUGGAUGCCUUUGAGCCCACAGGGGGCAGUGGUGGCUCCCCCUUGGAUUCUCUGGAUUCACUGGACCUGCUCCCGUACACAGAGCCACGGCUCGAUGCCCUGGACGCCUUUGGGACUAGCAGGGGCUCACUGGAUGCCCUGGAUUCCUUUGCUAUAGAAGAAGCUGGUCCUCAGGAACUGCGACACGCUGUUGGCAGCCAGAAACCAUCUUCUGCGGUCAGCCUCAGUGGGGUGGGUCACCCUAUCAUCCCCAAGGGGGCAGAGCUCCUGCAGUCUCAGCCAGAGGUGGUGAUGCCCAACACUGCCCUGCUUGUGAAGAACCCCCUGGCGUCCACUCAUGUCUUCAAACAAGCCUGCCACCUCUGCUACCCCAAAACAGGCCCCAAGGCUGGUGACUACACUUACCGGGAAGGCCUGGAGCACAAGUGCAAGCGGGACGUAUUGUUGGGGAGACUGCGAAACUCUGAAGACAAGACCUGGAAGAGGAUCCGGCCCCGCCCCACCAAAACCAACUUUGUGGGAUCCUAUUAUCUGUGCAAAGAUAUGAUUAACAAGCAGGACUGUAAGUAUGGGGAUAAUUGCACCUUCGCGUACCAUCAGGAGGAGAUUGACGUGUGGACGGAGGAAAGGAAGGGAACACUCAAUCGCGACCUCCUCUUUGACCCGCUGGGAGGGAUCAAGAGGGGCAACCUGACCAUUGCCAAGCUCCUGAAGGAACACCAGGGCAUCUUCACCUUCCUCUGCGAGAUCUGCUUUGACAGCAAACCCCGGAUAAUCAGCAAAGGGACCAAGGACUCUCCAGCUGUCUGCUCCAACCUUGCUGCCAAACACAGCUUCUAUGACAACAAGUGUUUGGUUCAUAUUGUGCGUUCCACCUCCCUGAAAUACUCUAAGAUCCGCCAGUUCCAGGAGCACUUCCAGUUUGAUGUGUGCCGGCAUGAGGUGCGCUACGGCUGCUUGCGUGAGGACAGCUGCCACUUUGCUCACAGCUUCAUCGAGCUCAAGGUCUGGCUGCUGCAGCAAUACUCGGGGAUGACCCAUGAAGAUAUUGUCCAGGAGUCUAAAAAGUACUGGCAGCUGAUGGAGGCGCAUGCCAGCAAAGCCACCAGCGGCACGGCUGCCCCCCGGGCUCCGACGUCAAGCAGCUUUGACCUCCAGAUGAAAUUUGUUUGUGGCCAAUGCUGGAGGAACGGGCAGGUGGUGGAGCCAGACAAGGACCUCAAGUAUUGUAGUGCCAAAGCCCGCCACUGCUGGACAAAGGAGCGUCGCGUCCUGCUGGUGAUGUCCAAAGCAAAGAGGAAGUGGGUAUCCGUCCGACCGCUGCCUUCCAUCCGCAACUUCCCACAGCAAUAUGAUCUGUGUAUCCAUGCACAAAAUGGCAGGAAGUGCCAGUAUGUUGGGAACUGCUCCUUUGCCCACAGCCCUGAGGAGAGAGACAUGUGGACCUUCAUGAAAGAAAAUAAAAUAUUGGAUAUGCAGCAGACCUAUGACAUGUGGCUAAAGAAACACAACCCUGGGAAGCCAGGAGAGGGGACACCACUCACGUCGCGGGAAGGAGAGAAGCAGAUCCAGAUGCCCACCGACUAUGCUGACAUCAUGAUGGGAUACCACUGCUGGCUGUGUGGGAAGAACAGCAACAGCAAGAAGCAAUGGCAGCAGCACAUCCAGUCGGAGAAGCAUAAGGAGAAGGUCUUCACCUCCGACAACGACUCUAGCUGCUGGAACUACCGCUUCCCCAUGGGCGAAUUCCGGCUCUGUGACAGGUUCCAGAAGACCAAGGCCUGCCCUGAGGGGGAGAAAUGUUGCUUUGCUCAUGGCCAGGACGAACUGACAGAGUGGCUGGAUCGGCGGGAGGUGCUGAAGCAGAAACUGGCCAAAGCUCGCAAGGACAUGCUGCUGUGCCCCAGGGAUGACGACUUCGGCAAAUACAACUUCCUAUUGCGGGACGGCGUAUAGUUGGGGGGUGGUUUUUAUCCGUUGACUGGAGAAGGAGAAGCAAGUUUUCAAAGAGUGAGACUGUGGCAGGGCAACUGAGAUACAUGUCUCACAAGGAGAACUUUAUUUUUUCCUUUUGUCUCAAGAUUACCAAUAUGAUUUUCCGGUGGUGAAUGAAAUUGUGACCCAAUUCCUCUGUGGCCAGUGAAUGCCGUGCUCAUAAAGUUUAUUUUCUAUCUUCUCUUUUCUUUCCUUAUUCUCUCCCCACCUUCUUCUUCUUUUUCUUUUUUUAAUUGAAAGGAAUGAACACAGUUGGACAUGAGAGAGAGAAAAUCCUUUCGUUUUAAUUCCCCACCUCUAGACUCUAAGUGUAGCUGGGAGGUUUUUUGGGACAUUGCAGUGUCAUGAAUGCAUCUGAGAGGGGGAGCCGAGAUUGGGGAAAGGGUUACUAGAGCAUAUGUGUCUGCAGUCUUCUGUGCUCAUUCUCCUCAGUAUGAUGGAGCAAAUUCCUCUUCUCUUUCACACUCUCCUGGAAGAACAAUAUAAAAAACAAUUAUAGCUGAGAUGCAGGUGGGGAAAGCCUUUAAGUCCAUGUGAUUUAAAAGGGUGGUUUUAAAACUCCUGGCCUGUUAGCUGCUGUGGAUGACUGCAAAGGAGCAAAAUUACAUCCCAAGUCUUCCCCUGAGGCACACGACAACUGAGGAGGGUAACAGCUGUCUAGCCCCCCCACAUACAUGGGUGCAAGGAGCAUAGCUGAGAAAACAAGCAGGGUGCUUUUUGCAGAAGGGGCAGUUUGAAAGUGAUCAUGGAUGACUUUUUUGCUAUUACUAUUGAUUGUACCCAAAAACAAACUAGUAAUGGGUCAUUUGAUGUCUCUCUCAUGGACAGAAGAGUGCAGGUUUUUCUUUUUUUUUUUUUUUCUUUUUUUUUUUUUUAUUAAACUAGUGUGAUUAUGUAAGUAAGACUGAGUCUGUCCACAGGGUAUAGCUAAUACUGUGGUGCUGUUGUCAUCUGUGUGCUCUGGGCCUUGGGAUCAGCCAGGAAAAACAAAGUAACAGAAAAAGAGCUUGUAUUUUUAUUUGUCAGCAGUGUAAAGUCAGUCAGCUUCUGCUUCGGGGAUUACGUCUUUAAAUAGUCUACAUACUUGGUUACUUGGAUACGGGUUUUGUCUGUAGAGGCUGAAUGUGCUGUCAGAGGAAGUGGGCAUAAAUCGAUUAAAGGACACUAUCGAGUAGCAUAGGCCCAAAAUUCAGAGUUUGUGUUUGACAAAGAACGCGUUUGGAAAUGAUUUCGCGAUUGAAAUGAAUACAGUGUGGUUGCUGGAGGGGCUUGAAACCUUCUCUUGCAGUGUUGCAAAAUCAAGCUCAAUAGCAUUCGACUAGUGUGUGGGAACCAGAAAACAAAGCUAACUAGAAAUGGAAGACCAAACCGACCAGGGUAGUUUGGAGCUGAGUGAAGUGCAAAACACAAACCAUUAGCGUGCUGAAGAGACCAAUUUUAAAGGUUCUUUUAGAUUAUUAAACUGAAGCCAGUUAUUAAUGCAAGUAAGGAGAAUGUUUGUUCUUAGAAUGUGAUUUUACGUUGACAGUGUGUCCCCUUGCAGUCUCCCCUCCCCUCCCCCAAAAGAAAAAGGAAAUUAGCUCUUCCUGUAUCCAUUGUCAGACAGAGGCCAAGAUGUCCAACAACUGUCUGGAAGAGAAGAGGAAGAUCAUAUUUGUAAUAUGAGGGUCCCUCAGGGUAAAUAGAAACACACAACCACCCAGACGCAGUGUCCCCAUCAGGUUACACCUUGCUUUUUUGGUGGGGAAUGUUCAGCAGUAGGAAGUGUGCUUUUCUGAUUGUGGUUUUUUUAAAUCAUUACGAACAUUGCAUUUAAACUGGCUUCUAAGCUUUUGUGCCUCCCUCCCCUCACUAGACUGCCGGUGCUGCAAGUAAAGUCAUUUUUCAGCAAACUGGCCCCUCCCAGCAGGAAGAAUAGAGGAGUGCCUCUUUGUCAUGGGAACAUUCAGGCACGCAGGGGAUACAGGAGCCUCUGAUAGAAUCACCCCGCCUCGUGGCGCAAGAAAGGGAACAGCUGUCAGGUCCGCUGCUGGUAUUGUGCUGACUUUCAUUUUGAAUUAGGUCAGCUCUAGGGGGAGCAACUGACACUCAGAGGGUAUGUCUACACUGAAAAUGCUACUGGGGCAAAGCUGCAGCUGCACCGCUGUAGCGCUUCAGUGUAGACACUCCUACACUGACAGGAGCAGUUCUCCCAUUGGCGUUGAUAACCCACCUCCCUGAGAAGGGAGAGCUAGGACAAUGGAAGAAUUCUUCUGUCACCCUAGCAUUGUCUACACCGGGGGUUAGCUUGGCAUAGUUGCGUUUCUCAGGGGUGCGGAAUUUUCACGCCCCGAGAGUUGUAGCUGUACGGCUGAAUGUUCCCAGUGUAGACCAGCCCUUAGACUGUGUCCACUGUAAGUGAAGCUAGUGUUGCCAAAUGAAGUGACCUAGCUGAAUGCUGUUCCUGUCAGAGCAGGUACUAUUCUCCGUUGAGCCCGGCUGAAGGGAUUCAUUAGUGCAUGUGGCAUGCGUGGCUCCAGAGGGAAGAUCCAUGAUGUGGCCCAACACUUGCCAUCUGUCAGCAAGGUGGCGGGGUGACCCCACAUCAUUUGGGUGGGAUGGGAUUGAUGCAGGGAUAUGUUAAGAAGAUGGCAGAGACUGUCCAUAGUGCAUGCUAUACCACCUGCACUCUUGCCUUGUUAAUUUGAGGAGUGGUGAUAGGACGUCUCACUGGAUUUUAUAUCUCCAAUACUGGUAUGAUCUAAAUUAUGUUAAAACAAGCCAGCUCAAAUAGAGGAACCCGAUUGGCCAAACUGGGGUGCGGAGUAGAGUCUCAGAUAUAACUCCACUGAGGUCAUGAUCUCAGUAUUUAUAAUGGCAAUAAUGAGCUUAUGCCAACACCCCAGAGUUUCUCUGGGGGUCAGCUUUGUGCCUCAUCCUGGUUCACCUGUAACUGGGGAGUGGAUGCUCUGGCAUCUUCCCCGUUUGUCCUGAGCCUCCCUACCCCUCACUCUGAUUACAGUUUAAUACAGUGUGCAUGUGUGUACAUAGUUUGAUACAGCACCAUCAGCUCAAGAACAAACAGUUCCACCUUCUUAAAGCAAUGUGUGUGUAGUUUUUUUUUUUGUAGGGUCUCAUGAGAUUGUUUUGCCUGUGAGAAGUCUGAGCCCUCCAGUGCUGUAUGGACAAUAAAUAAAACAUGGCUGUAUUUUGCAUGGUGGUUAAGCAGCAAUGGGUCCCCUUUUCUUCACCCCGCCUCUGAGAACACGUGUCCCUAGACAAGAGAUAUUAGGUAGGGAGCAAUAUGUAGGAGUUACUGAAUUGGCACCUGGCAUCUUUAUACAGACCUAACUCUGGACGUACACAACUCAUAGGCAGCUGGCUUAGCUCUUGCAUAGUGAUUAGAGCCUGGGGGUAUUAAUGAGACCUGAGGGCUGGUCUUUCCAGCCACUGCUGUUAAGUCACUGGGUCCCCUGGACAAGCCGCUAGCCCCUCCAUGCUUCAGUUUUCCCUUCUGCCAAAUUGCGAUGAUAACGAUAUGAGGCUUAUUUCAUUAGUGUGUGUACAGCUCUUUGGGAUCCUUGCCUGGAAGUGGCACUUGAAGCACAAAGAUUGAGUAUGUAUUCGUUGUUUAUGAUAGAGAAGUGAGAGAAGGGAGGAUACUUUUUCUCGCAUGCACGCAUGCCCCAAGGAGACGGCAGAGCAGCUGGAGAGAUCCUUGCUCCACUGAUCCCAGUCCCAAGUUUUAUUGGAUGCCCAUGGUUUUUGAACAGGCUGAUGCUGUAUUUGUUUCCAACGAUCGGGGUGAGGUGCGAUUUCUGUUUAGAUUUGAAACUGGGCACCUCAUCUCCUAGUACGUACAUUUCAUUGUCUCAAGCACUGAAAUUUUAAAGGCUAGAUGGCAAGGGAGAGGGAUGCUUGUCUUCUAUUUUGCCAAGUAUAGUCAUAAUGUAUAGAAUGCUGAGACACUAGAUUAAGCAAAGUAACAGGAACCCAACUGCUGCUAAAUGAGCUAAUCCAGCCUUCCCGUCACACACCCCUUUUUGUAGCUGUCUAAUCCCUGCUUUACCAACGCGUGCUCAGCUGGUCACUCCCUCUGCAGAAUUUACCAAAAAAGUGAUCUUCGCACCAGUGCGUAGGCUCGUACCAUGUUUGCUGGAGUGGCAGCAGGCACGUGUGCAGGGGAGAAGAGAGGAAAAAUUAAUCAAGGGGGGGAGAAAUGCUUGUUUUUUAUUUUAAAAACAAAUCUGCAUUUACAGUGUAAUUGUUGCAUUUGCUGCGCUGUGAUUUAAGAGUUGAUCAUUUGUUUAGAUUAUGGAGCGGGGUGAUGCCCCCCCCUUCUCUUUAAUCAAAAUAACUGCUCUGUACCCACUCUUCUCCAGACUGAUAGUGUUGGCUGGGGAGGGGGGGCACAGGGGUUGGGGAUGCUCAUGGGCACUGCGUAUCUAUUUUUGUUUUCCCAGAUAUGAUAACCUGAUCUGUGGUGUUGCAGUAUUUUGUCACAGACUUGUUUUAGUGUGUAUAUAUGUGACCCCUGUGAAGCAUAUAUACACAGGUAUUAAAUAUAUCGCUCUAUAUAAUAUUAUAUAUGUGUGUGGUAUCGAAGGAAUCUUUUUUAAUGAGGGUAAAGGAAAAGGACUCAAUCCAGAAAAUGCAGCAUCUCCUGUUUCAGUGUGAAGGCUUCCCCCCCACCCCCACCCCCAGCUGGGGUGGCAGAAAGGAGGAGGAAGGGAGGAGUUUAUAGAUAAGUAUAAGGUUCAAGCUGGGACAGGUUUUCCUGAUCACACCUCUGAAAACCCUCCGGUGAUGACCUUCCUACCCCACCCUAGUGAAAGAACAUUCAGGUGCUUAGCUAAUGAGUAAAAGUUGUUAUGAUUAAAAGCUUUGCUUAUAUGUAUGUAAAGGGCAGGAGACUCCAGAUUUGACCCCUCAUUUUAUUUUGCUUAGCUUUUUUCAGUGUCAUAUUUCAUCUCACCAAAAAUACUCAGCACUAUCAGCUGUACGAUAAUUAAACCAUAAGCUCCAGUGUUCGAAAAGAACCCGACAAAGAACCAGUAUGCUCAGCCCAGCACUCACUCCUCCUACAAUAACAAUCUCGCCUGUGCAAUGUGGGGGCUAAGGGGAGGAUUUUCACAAGAAAACAAAUCUGAGGGCUAAAGUUAAGAAAAAUAUCUUGCCCCUUUAUUUAUAAAAACCAACACACACACCAGGCUUUGAUUUAGUUCAGCUUGUUAAGUGCUGAGGGAUAUAAUACAAAUCCUUCUCCCAAUUCUUUAAGUGAAGGGAGGGAUUUGUGAAGUUGGUGUCAGAGGUAACCAAAUGUUUGAAGCAAAAAACAACAAAUCCGCUCAUAUGAACAGUGCGUCAGAAAUGGAUGUGCUCUUGGCACGUGAAAGGGGAAAAUAGCAAAGGGGUUGCUGCAGUUCUAAGCUGGAUAGUAAUGAGAUGGAGUCCUUUAAAAUGUCUUUGUAUUAAUAUAAUUUAAGAAUACCACGCUUUACUAUUAAAGAAAACCUUAGUACCUUUCAUAAGGUCUAGUACAAAGAUAAUAAUGUAGAUGUUUUAACAAUUUUGUUUUUGUUCUUAAAACAAACUUGCUUCUUUUAGCCUUUGUAAUAGAAAAUAAAAGUGUGCACUUUAAACCCUC